GUGAAACAUGGGAGGAGUCAGAACCAAAACAGUUAAAAGAGCUGCAAGAAAUAUCAUUGAAAAGUAUUACCCACUCUUAACUCUCGAUUUCCACACCAACAAACGUGUUGUUGAUGAAGUUGCUGUUGUUGAGACUAAGAGACUUAGAAACAAAAUUGCUGGUUUUAUCACUCACUUAAUGAGAAGAAUUCAAAAGGGUCCAGUUAGAGGAAUCUCUUUCAAACUUCAAGAAGAAGAAAGAGAAAGAAGAGACAAUUAUGUCCCAGAAAAAUCUGAAGUUAAUAUUGAAAAGAUUACUGCUGAUCCAGUUACUCUUAAAAUGCUUGAAUCAAUUGGAAUGCCAAUUAACAAGAAGAAUUAAAUUAUCCUUUUGAAGUG